AUGGAUCACGGCGAGUUUAGGGUGAAAGCCAAGGAGCUGGUGGAUUUCAUAGCUGAUUAUCUGGAGAACGUAGGCGAGUUCCGAGUGUACCCCGAGGUCCAACCUGGCUACCUUCACAAGAGGUUGCCGACAGAAGCCCCCCAUUUACCUGAGAAAUGGGAUGAAAUCUUCCAAGAUGUUCAGGAGCACAUUAUGCCAGGGAUUGUCCACUGGCAGAGUCCACAUAUGCACGCGUACUUUCCAGCUCUGACCUCCUACCCCUCCAUUAUGGGGGAGAUGCUUUCCAGUGCUCUCAACGUUCUUUGCUUCACAUGGGCGUCAUCCCCUGCCGGCACUGAGCUGGAAACGAUAGCCAUGAACUGGCUUGGGAAACUGCUGGGUCUCCCCGAGUGUUUUCUCAAUGAGAAGAAUGAUAGUCCUGGAGGUGGAGUUAUUCAAACAACAGCGAGUGAAGCAACGCUCGUGAGUCUCCUCGCUGCACGCACAAAAGCCCUCAUUGAGCUGGCGAAACUCAACCCCGAACUGCAGUCUUCGGAGUUAUUGGGCCACCUGAUCUGCUACUGCUCAGACCAGGCUCACUCUUCUGUGGAGAAGGCUGGCCUCAUUGGAUUGGUCCGGAUGCGUUACAUAGAGUCGGAUGAAAAACAAUGCAUGCGAGGGGCACAGCUCGAAGAAGCCAUCAUCACUGAUAAAGCGAAGGGACUUGUACCUUUUUGGGUGUGCGCAACUCUUGGCACGACGGGAUCAGUGGCGUUCGACAAUUUGCGCGAAAUCGGUGAAGUGUGCGAAAAGCACUCCGCAUGGUUGCAUGUCGACGCCGCGUAUGCGGGCAGCGCUUUCAUAUGCCCGGAAUAUCGUCACUGGCUGGAUGGUAUAGAACUAGCUGAUUCCUUCGCGUUCAAUCCAUCCAAAUGGCUGAUGGUCAACUUCGACUGCACUGCCAUGUGGGUCAAAGACAGCACAGCACUUCACAGGACUUUCAAUGUCAACCCUAUUUAUUUGAGACAUGAAAAUUCAGGAAAAGCCAUUGAUUAUAUGGUCGGAACGCAAACGGCGAACACAAAACGUCGCAUCAUCAAAUCUCAUGAGUUUGACAAUGGUGAUUUGUAUGCCGGUGAAAAUGUUGAUGAUGAAAACCUACACGGUUACAACAAAAUGGCGUCUGGGUGCGGACAACAGAUACAAAUAGAGAAUCCCAAUAAAAAAGAGUUGCUUCACUGGCAAAUACCGCUGAGUCGUCGCUUCAGAGCUUUGAAACUGUGGUUCGUGUUGCGCAACUAUGGAGUCAUUGGAUUACAGAAACAUAUUCGUGAGAGCGUGCGUCUCGCACAGAAGUUCGAAGCACUAGUUUUGGCAGAUCAACGAUUUGAAGUACCGCAGACGAGGAAUUUAGGCAUGGUAGCAUUUCGUCUAAAGGGCGACAACACACUGACUGAGCUUCUGCUGAAGAGAUUGAACGGUCGCGGCUACAUCCAUGCUGUUCCAGCUUGCUUUAAAGGAAUCUACGUAAUCAGAUUCACUGUGACGUCACAGCGGACUACAAAUCAAACUAUAUUGGACGACUGGAACGAAAUCAAGACGGUUGCGUCUGAAAUACUUGUGGACAUUUUUGGUUCCGGAAAUGGCAACAUCAUUGUUCCGAAGAAGCCUAGGAUAACAUUGAAAGAUACUCGCGAGCUAAACGCGACAUUUGGCACAAGUCUGCUCCUCGCCAAUUCGCCCAUGAGCCCCAAGAUCGUCAAUGGAACUCAUGUGGCCAUUUGCGACUAUGAGCAGGUGCUGUCGUCGUGCGCGCAGACGUUUGCGCAGCUCAAAAUGGAACCAAAAGAUAGUCCUGAUAUUGUUAAGAACUUCCAUCAGCCAUCAUCAACUAAUUUACCACUAAUCACUCACAUCACUGAACUAACAGAGAUGCGCCGGCGCAUCCGCGGUAUCCGCAUGGUGGGGAAGAAGUUCUCCCUAGACUCUUGCAUGGACAUGGUGCAGGGCCUGAUGGUGGAGCAGUCUUUGCCUCUUUGCUCCGAGGAGGAGAGAGAAGAUGCUUCUAAUGGAUCGAGCCCCGGUGAAAAGUCCCUAUCGACCUCCCCAGUCACAUCGAGCAGCGCGAUCAAGCAGGAAAACUCAGACACCAACCAACUACACGUUCCCGCUACGCCAUCCAGACAGAUCCGUUCCAGGUCCGUGGAUAUAUCUCUCUCGGAACUCGACUUCGAAGACGCGAAGAUAACAGUCAACCUCAAAAAUAACGAAGUGAUCAUAACACCAACUGGUACCAAAAAGUUUAUAGAUGAGAAAAUACAUUUUAGCGCUGUCGACGAGAAACUCAAUAUAGGCAGCCCCGAAUUCGGCAACGUUCAGGAUGUUCAAGCAGGUCCGGAUGAUAAACUGACUAUAAAGGGACCUGGAAGUUAUAUUAAGAAGCUAAUCCAACAGUUCAGUGAGGUGGAAGACGCGAAGCCAGAGUCUGAGAGAGCGCUGGCUAGCAUCAAAGAUAAAGCUGACGCCAUAUGUAGAAAAUGCUUGCAUUACAAAGGUAGGGUGAGUAAAAAUUAA